AUGGCGAUCGACAAACUCAUCACGGACCCGACGCUGGUAGCAGCCGUCCAAAUCUCGAACCAGUCGCGCGACCAAGCCAACAAGCUCAUCGAGCUAAUAAAUUCAGUCGAGAGCAGUCUCAGCAGCAGCGAGACUACAGCGGAGGAUAGCGCUGCCGGUGCUGCUCCCACACCCACACCGGAGCAAAAGGCCAAGGUGGCCAAGCAGCAGGCCCUCUUCCUCGCCAGCAUCGCCCAGCUUCGCGGUGUGCACCGUCACGUCACGCUCGCGGCGCGCGACACAAAGGCCCAGACCGCCGAGGCGAGACAAGAGGUUGACAGGCUGCAUUUGCAGCUUCAGAACUUGUACUAUGAGCAACGGCAUUUGCAUGAUGAGAUUGCCGCGUGCGAGGGAUACGAGCACAAAUAUCAACAGCUCCCUCUCAUGCCGGAGGACGAGUUCCUGGCCAAGUACCCCGAACAUGCGGACGAUGACGAGAACACCCUCAUGUUUGCGAGGAUAGAUGCCGAGCGCGUCGACAGGGAAGGGCUGGAGCAGCAGAGGCAGGAGCUGCUCAAGCGCAAGUCCAAACUUAUUGCUGAUAAUAAGCGACGCAAAGACGAUUUGGCUAAUCUUGAUAAUGACCUCGAGAAGUUUAUCGAUGCCGCGAAGCCGAUCCAGAAACUCUUUGAAAAGGAACAUUAG